AUGGAUCCCCAGAAAAUUUCUGAAUUGGCUAAACUCUUAAGGAAUAAUGGCGACAAAAUCUUAAGUUGUGAAUCUACAUUAACAUUAUCAGGUUCCCUUUUACGUGCCCUCAAUGAUGCCUUUACUCUCAUUGCCGAUUCCCUGGAAGUCGGUGAAGUUCAAAAUUUUCAAGUUCUCAAACCGAUGAAUUCAAAACCUCCCGUCUUUCGUGAUCUCCAGUUGAUACAUGAUUUUGUACAAAAAACCGCACUACUAUGUCUGGUACAUUAUCCGGGUGAUGAGUAUUAUGGCAAAAUCGAUAUAUCAAAAUUCUGUGCCCUCAAGCGAUUGGAAGUGCAGAAGAUCGAUAUAAAACAAUUGGCUGGUAUCCAACGUCUGCGUGCCCAGCUGGAACAUUUGAUAUGUAUUAAAAGUAUUAAGACCGUCGAUGAUAUUAUUACCCAUUGUGGUGGUGAUAAUUCCAAUGGUUUUGUAUGGAAUGAAUUGAAAAGUGCCGAUUUUAGUUAUAACAACUUACAAUGUGUGGACACAUCGUUAGAGUUUGCUCAAUAUUUACAGCAUCUAAAUUUAAGGCAUAAUAAACUGCAGUCGGUGAAGGCCAUUAAAUGGCUACCGCACUUGAAAACUUUGGAUUUAAGUUUUAAUCGUCUCACGCAAAUACCCCAGUUUCAUAUGGACGCCUGUAAACGUUUGCAAUCGCUGAAUAUGAGCAAUAAUCUAUUGGAAGAUUUAAUGGGUAUUGUGAAGUUGGAUGCCCUGACAGAUUUAGAUUUGUCGGAUAACUUCCUGCUCGACCACACCUAUCUGUUGCCAUUAAGUGCUUUGAUAACAUUGAAAUUUCUUAAUCUCUUUGGCAAUCCAUUGCACUGUCAUCCCAAACAUCGUUUGGCCACCUGCCAGUAUUUGCACAAGAAUUGUUCAACAGUGAAAUUUGUAUUGGAUUUUGAAACUCUCUCAAAAAGUGAGAAAGCCCUUACGGGUACUCACCAGCUACGGCAGGUGGGUGCUUUGAAUCGUUAUACCAUGCGUUCAUCAUCGAGCUCAAUAUCAAGUGCACACACUCCCAUACGUAGCUCAAAUACACCAGCCUCUAGUGUGGGUUCAUUAGUUUCCUUCAAGCUAACAACCGACAAUUCUUCAGAAUCCGAAGCCAACUGUAAUGAAGUUCUUGUUGCUGCUAAACAAAAGAAAAAGUCUUCCAAAACAAGAUGUGUUGAAAUUGAAGAUUUCUCACAUGAAUCCCAAAAUAAUGAUGCCGCCGAGGAUGCAAUGCAAAGUUCAGUGAUUAGUUUGGGUAAGAACAGCAAAACAAUUAUCCCCGAAGAGACCUGUAAGGAGCACUUGGAAACAAAACGGCAAAUUGUAGAGCUAAGAGAAAAAUAUGGCAAUGAAUGGUUGCAUUCGGGUAAUGCAGAAAUAAUGAAUAAUUCCUCAACCAGCCAAAUAAUUGAUAUUGAUAUGGAGCGGCAAAAAUCACGUGAAAUGUUUCAGGAAUAUAUAAAAGAUGUUACGGGAGAUUUUGCGGCGACAACAAAUAAUUUACAAGUUCCCACAACAACAACAAUGACCUCAACGCCCACCAACAACACCUUGGACAAUACAAUGGCCCAACUGACGUUAUCCCCCAUUAAACCGCAGUCGGAAACAAGUGAUUCAUCGCUUUAUAAAAGUUUAGAUCAAACUCAAACAUUGAUCAAUGACAAUAAUAAUGGGGAUGGUGAUAAAAAUGCUGAACAGACCUUAUAUAAAUCAUUAGAUGAAAGUAAAAAUGGUCGAAAUCCCUUUGAAGAUUCAGAUAAUGAAAACACAAUUGCCGAAGGGAAAACAAAUGAUGAUAAAGGAGUUGAUAAUGUGGAAGAAGAUGAUCAUUUGAAAUAUGUCUAUUCACGAAUGGAUAAUGAUGAUAUGGAACAAUUUUCCGAACGUGAAGAUGAUGAAGAAACCUACAUCGUCUAUGAUACAAACAAUCGCAAUGAGGCCAUAUUUUUAACUAAAUCAUCGAACUUCUUAAGAGAACGGGAUCCUUUAACAGAAAAAACGAAAACCAAAUGGAGUUUAAAAAUUCUCGAAUCAUGUGAUCGCCUGAAAUCCAAUACAAUACGUUUAAAUUUCGAUACCGUCAAGGUGGAUAAACAAGAACGUAUUUACACGGUGGAAGAGGAUUUGUGUCAGGAACUGGAGAAAAAACUACGCGACAUCUUAUCCCAGCGGGAUUUAAGUGAAAUGAAUCAAACCAUAUACCGUUGUGUAAAUUGUAGUUGUCAAUUUUCACAAGAAAUUAAAAAUAAAAUAAAAAAUAUAGAAAUUCGCUGUCCUGAUUGCAAAUCAUGUUUUGUUGCCGAAAUCCAUGUUAUACCCAAAUCAUUGGAAAAAUCCAAUAUUUUAAUGGACAAACUAUCGCCUGCCUCAAUUGUGGAAGAACUACCCACAAGUAUUGUACCCCUUAAUGUGCAAGAUGUUGCCAAUAUAGAGGUGGCCGAUGAUACAAAUAGUAUUGGUAAAGGCAAAACCAGGCUUUCAACUAAUUCACUGCAAGCAACAACACUGAAACAACUUCUAAAAAGUUCUGCCACAUCACUCAACGAAUCAUCAUGCUCGAAAAUUACCACCACCAAUUCGGAAAGCUCUUUCAAUUCCAAUCAAUCGUUGGUGGGCAGUAGUAACACAGAUCGUGAUUUAGAUUUUAAAACAAAUGGUGAAAGUGACAUUGAUAUUAUCUCAAAUCCCAGUCAAUCGAGUAUUGAAGUUUUAGAUCAAUUUUCAAGUCGUAAAACAUCCGAAGAACGGCGUAUUUCACACAUACCCAAUCUGGAGACCAUUGAUGAUCAAAGUUAUACGCAGACAUUUUUGGAACGUGAAUUCGAUAAUAUGAUUAAUUAUGCCCGGCGGGAUAAACCUGAAGAAUAUCCAGUUGAAACAAUGACAGCUACCAAAGAAGAAGAAAAACAACAAGAAAAUCCGAGCGAAGAAGAAAAAGAAAAUAUUAAAACGAAAAAAACCUCAACAUCAACAUUAAUACAACAAAAUCUAACCGAAAGUAGUUCUUCCGGUUCGGUAACCGAUAGCAUAUGUACAGCUUAUGAACAGCAAGGGAAAUCAGCGGAAUUAUCAAAUCAAUUUUUACAACAGGAGGUGAAAGAGAAUAGCUCAAAUAUUGCCGACACCAAAAAGGAGGAGAGCAAUAAUGGUGGACUAUCGAUGUUUGGUGCUCCGGAAGUUGUAGGUGUGGCCGAUAUAAACGUGGAGAAAAUCACUGCGGAAAUGUCCGAGAAGGGCGAUAAUAAUAAACUCAACCCCCACAAGUUGUCACCGGAACAAUCCAAACGUUUAAACGAGGUUGUAGAAAAGCUUAUACUUUCGAGGGGCGGAGCCAAAGAUCGUCACUACCAGGUAUUUGAUUUUGAGACAAAUGAAUUAGAUAGUGAACAAUGUAAGGAACUCCGAGAUGUGACUCCAUAUCACUCCAUUAAAUGUAUUUUCAUCAAAAUAAAUACGUCGCAAUCUUGCUGUAUAAAAUUUAAAUUUAUUUCCAUUUCAGCCUUAAUGCAAUCGACUAGCAUCCUAAUGAGCAGUUCCAAAAAACUUCUUGAUACUGAAAAAUUAUCAAAUAUUAAAUCGGGAACGGUAUUACCGCCAUCAACAACAACAACGACAUCAUCAUCUACAACAACUAAAAAUACAGCCACAAAUUCAAGAGCUUUCAAAUUUAAUUAUACCGAUUUCAAUGACAUCGAUCAUCGUUUGAAAUUAUAUUUCUAUCAAACGAAAUUCGAAGAUAAAGAUGAACAUUUUAAAUGGAUUGUCAGGGGGCGAAUAUACAAUGAAAAUUCGAAACAGCUAAAUGAUGGCUGUGUUGUAAUGUCAACGUGUAAGCUGUAUUUAAUGCAAAUCUAUGGUGAAGAAAAUGAUGAUGUUGCCAAAUGGUUGAGACCAAUUGUCACCUGCACCGUAGAUCGUUUGGAGAGUAUCCAGUUGUUGCCAUGGAAAAUUGGUUUGGCAUUUCGGCUGCGUGAUUGGGGUGGAUUUUUGUUGCUGUUGCAGGACAUCUUGAGAACGGAUUCGUUGAUGUUGUUCUUUGCAAAUAAUUCCCUACCCUCCAACUGUGAUCUACAUUAUCAACCCAAUGAGCUAAUUGUGAAACGCCUGAAUACAGCCGUAAUGGAUGAACAAUUAAAUAUGUGUUCGGUGCUAAAUGGCUGUGAAAUUACCUGUGAAAAUGCUAAACGUAACUUUAGCAUUUGUUGUCUUCUAACGACAGAUUCUCGUCUAUAUUUAAGUUCACCCAAAGUUGGUUGGCUAUCGGCCUCAGCUGCCGCCAACGUUCAACAUGACACUGAUGAUGAUCUUGAAUUGUGUGUCACACAAUUCAUGUCGAAUUUGGUUGAGGUGGAACACUGCAGCGAUAAUGUAUUCAUCAUUAAUUUCCUCGAUGAAACUCAAGACAAAUGUGAACUCUGGAAGUGUACAUUUGAGACGGCAGAAAAUGCCAAUACCUGUCUAAAUGCCAUAAAUCAAUCAUGGGAAAAACUUUUCGGUGUACCUCUAAUAAGUGCAUGAGCAUGAGAAAUAAACAAAUAAU